AUGCACCUUCUUCAACAACAAGCAGGCCAUCGACGACAACAACCACAACCAUCCCGUCAACGACAACAACCACAAUCAGACCAUCGACGACAACAACCACAAUCAGACCAUCAACGACAACAACCACAAUUAGACCAUCAACGACAACAACCACAAUCAGACCAUCAACGACAACAACCACAAUCAGACCAUCAACGACAACAACCACAACCAUCCCGUCAACGACAACAACCACAAUCAGACCAUCGACGACAACAACCACAAUCAGACCAUCAACGACAACAACCACAAUUAGACCAUCAACGACAACAACCA